UUGAAGUGCGUCACUUAUGCGCCGCUCGCCGUCUCUGAGCUGCGUGACGUCAAACUGCUGCGCCAGUGUGUCGGCUCCGGACAUGGCUUCCAGGCUGGAGAUCAAUUUCGUCCGAUUGUUGUCCCGCUGCGAAUCCAUAGCGUCGGAGAAGCGGGGAGAGGCGGAGUGGAGGCUGGAGAAGUAUGUUGGUGCUCUGGAGGAGAUGCUGGUGGCUCUGAGGAAAAACCCGAGCAAACCGACUCCAGAGGUUCUGACUGAAUACACAAGAAAAGUAGAUUUUCUGAAAGGACUUCUAGAGGCAGAGAAACUGUCUUCAGCAACAGAAAAAGCUUUAGCUAAUCAGUUCCUGGCCCCCGGACGGACGCCAACAAUCGCCAACGAGAGGAUGCCUGCAACCAAGACGGUCCACAUGCAGACGAAGGCUCGAUGUACGGGAGAGAUGAGGGACGAGCUGCUGGGAACGGGAUUAUCAGGGAAAGGCACGUCAGACCUGAGAAACCGAAGAGGCCUCCCUCUGGAUGAGCGUCAGUCCGCCGCUGAGCUGGACGCCGUCCUGCAGCAUCACCACAACCUGCAGGAGAAACUGGCCGAGGACAUGCUGAACCUGGCCCGGAACCUGAAGAACAACACGCUGGCAGCUCAGAACAUCAUCAAACAGGACAACCAGACUCUGAGCCAGUCGAUGCGUCAGGCCGACAUGAACUUUGAGAAGCUGAAGACGGAGUCGGAGCGACUGGAGCAGCACACCAAGAAGUCUGUGAACUGGCUGCUGUGGCUGAUGCUCAUCCUGGUCUCCUUCACCUUCAUCAGCAUGAUCCUCUUCAUCAGAAUCUUCCCCCGACUCAGAUGAUGACGGAGAACCUCCUGAACUCUUUAGUCCUCCUGGCUUCACCAGAGCAGGAACCUCGCAGGCCUCCGUAGAUCCUCACAGCGUCCAGAUCAGAACCAAACGUUUGCAGGUUUUCAGCUCAAGUUCUUCCUCUGAACAAGAGCUGAUGAAGGCUGGGUUUGAAGCAUCAGUGUUCUUUUUUGUAGACAGCACAGGACACAAGUAGAAGAAGUCUUAAUACGCAGACGACAGCCUUAAUUAUAUGAACGGUCAUCAGGAGGAGAGCAGCCUUCAGCAGGAGUUUGUCAGUAAAGUCCGAGUCGUGUUUUUUAGCACAUUUAUUUCCACCGUGUUUGUCAAACAUCCACCAUGAGAGACGGUUUUGUGUCUACAUUAAUUCAACACUCAGUCUAAGAACUCAUUCUAAAGAGCUGUGGAGGUGCUCAAAUCAACACCUGAUGCUUCUUUCAAAGACUUUAAAGCCCAGAAUUUACAAGAAUUUAGAUUUUUUUUCACACCUGGGACCAUCUCUGUUUUGACCUCAGGGAAAAAGUCUGAGCUGUGCUGCCAUGUUUCCAGAUUUAGAGUUCAGUAUCUCCAGAAAUAAAACUCCCACAGUCAUGAUGACAGGCUCGUCUCCAUCACAUCGGGAAUGGUUCAGUUGUCCCAGCACAGGCCUUUUCUGUUUUCAUCAAAAUAAAAAAAAAGAUACAUUCUUAAAAUUAGGGUCCCAGAAAGUUCCUGCUGGUGUAUUUUUAUGGAUGUAUCAACAUCAUUUCCAACCAAAAAUCCAGUCUUUGACCGACGUUUGAGCCUCUAACAUCAGUAGAGUUUAAAGUUUGGCAAGAAAAGGUUCAAAUUUUUCCAUUUUUUGUCGAUAUUUUGACAAAAUUUUAAUGCGGAGAACAAAAACUAGUCUGCAUGAACUUCAGUAAAUUGUAAUUAUAUGUGCAAAAAUAGAGCCUAAAUACUGACGUCUGAAACAUUUUGACAUCCAGAUGAAGAAAUGAUCAAAUAUUUCAUUAUUGCCUCUUGGAAAUAGAAAAAAAAAAGUGCAAAGUUUUUGACUAAUUUUGGCAUUGGGACCCUUAAAGCUCCUAUAAGUGUAUCUACAUGGAUGCAUCCAUGUUUCCUGCUGAAAAUAGAGUCUUUGGUCGACAUUAUAUCAACUUUCAGGGCCUCUAAUGUCAGUAAGACACGGUUGGUGGAUGUGCUAAAACACAGACUACAAACGUUUAGUAAAUGGUUUAUAUCACGCUAUAAUACUUCUAUAAACAGAUAAGAGGAUGUAUGUAACCGUAUGCUGUCAUUUAUUGCGUGUUUAUAGACCGGCCUCCUCAUAAAUUCAUUAUUAAACACCUAUAUCUGCUCAUAACUGUAAAAUAGUGUGUUUAACCCCCUGAUAUCAUGUUCAGUGGGUUCAGUUCUUUCACUAAAAUGAAGCAAUAUUACAAACUGCAUACUUCAUCUUCAUUUUCCUUCCUGUUAAGGUGUGAGGAGUCUCUGUGCUGUCGGGUUCUUUGUCCUCCGUUCUGUCCAGGUUUGGUUCCAGAAAUCAGAUGAAGAUGUUUGUUGAAGUUCCAUGGCGCUGAUGGAAUGAGAAGUUAAAUGUCUGUAACGUCCGUUCCUGUUUGAACAUGUAGAGGAAAGGUGUGUGUUUAAUGUCCCUACAGAGUCAAUAGAUUCCAGAGAAAAUUAAAGGAAUUCAGUUUA